GGAGAGGGUUGACAGAGGCCGCGAGAAUGCCCUUGGGGUCGGGGCGCGCGAGGGUCCCUGUUGAGCCGAGCGGACCGGGCAGGGCUGGGAGGCAGGCGCCGCAGGGUCUCCGGCGGGGCGGGGCGGGGGGCGCUCUCCGGGGCAGGGGCCGCGCCCUGGCCUGGUGCUCGGCUCAGCCCCCUAGGCCCGCGUCUGCCCGCCCAGUCCCAGGUGCGGAACGGGCGCUACCUCUUUAAAAGCGUCCGGGGCUGAGCCUCCGCCGCACCAUGUGAUUGCUGGAAAGGCCGGGCCGGGAGGCUGCCGCGGGAGCCUGGAGAACCAGGAGCAGCGCGCGCUGCCGGAGCCCAGCCCUGCCCGGCGUGGCCGCGGCGCUCCGGGCGGCCCCAGGUGCCCGCAACUUUAGGCGCUGCCUCUGGGGUCCCCUGGCGGCCAGCACGCAGGAUGGUGCCUGCCUCACGCCCCUUGGUGCCCGUCUGCUGAUGUGCCCGGCCUGUGCCCGCCAUGCCGCCCUCCGUCUCGGCCUUCCAGGCCGCCUACAUCGGCAUCGAGGUGCUCAUCGCCCUGGUCUCGGUGCCUGGCAACGUGCUGGUGAUCUGGGCGGUGAAGGUGAACCAGGCGCUGCGGGAUGCCACCUUCUGCUUCAUCGUGUCCCUGGCGGUGGCUGAUGUGGCAGUGGGUGCUCUGGUCAUCCCCCUCGCCAUCCUCAUCAACAUCGGGCCACGGACCUACUUCCACACCUGCCUCAUGGUCGCCUGCCCUGUCCUCAUCCUCACCCAGAGCUCCAUCCUGGCCCUGCUGGCAAUUGCCGUGGACCGCUACCUCCGCGUCAAGAUCCCGCUCCGGUACAAGACGGUGGUGACUCCCCGGAGGGCUGCCGUGGCCAUCGCCAGCUGCUGGAUCCUCUCCUUCGUGGUGGGCCUGACGCCUCUGUUUGGCUGGAACAACCUGGGGAAGGUGGAGCGGGACUGGGUGGCCAACGGCAGCAUGGGCGAGCCCGUGAUCAAGUGCGAGUUUGAGGUGGUCAUCAGCAUGGAGUACAUGGUGUACUUCAACUUCUUCGUCUGGGUGUUGCCCCCACUGCUGCUCAUGGUCCUCAUCUACCUGGAAGUCUUCUACCUGAUCCGCAAGCAGCUCAGCAAGAAGGUGUCGGCCUCCUCUGGCGACCCGCAGAAGUACUACGGGAAGGAGCUGAAGAUCGCCAAGUCGCUGGCCCUCAUCCUCUUCCUCUUCGCCCUCAGCUGGCUGCCCCUGCACAUCCUCAACUGCGUCACCCUCUUCUGCCCGUCCUGCCACAAGCCCAGCAUCCUCAUCUAUGUUGCCAUCUUCCUCACGCACGGCAACUCGGCCAUGAACCCCAUCGUCUACGCCUUCCGCAUCCAGAAGUUCCGGGUCACCUUCCUCAAGAUCUGGAAUGACCAUUUCCGCUGCCAGCCCGCACCCCCCAUCGACGAGGACCCCCCAGAAGAGAGGCCUGAUGACUAGUCUCCGCCUUCUCUCCCACCUGCACAUCCGGGCGUCAGCCCGGGCUUCACCUGCCUGCUGUCCCACUUGUCUCCCUGAGCCUUCCCCGGCUGGGCUGUGGGGUGUGGGUGUCCUGCCCCUCUCGGUCCUGGAGGAGGUUUUGGGGGCAGCCCAUGGAGGAGGACAGUGGUGGGAGCCCCCUUCCCCCACCAUCCCACGGCAGCCAGUGCUUCAGGCUGCACAGGGGCCUGUGGAUGGGGGUCGUCUCGGGCUUCCCCAGCAGGUAGGGGCGUCUGCUGGUCUUAGGUGGUGUCUUAGGUGCAGCCCUGGGACCAAGCUUAAGGAAGAGAGAGGGUCCCCUCCAAAUGGGGAGAAGGAAGAAGCUGCAUGUGCUGGUCUUGCUUUCACUCCUGUUCUGUAGGAGAAGGUGGCCAGAGCCGCUGAGGGGUAGGAAUCAGCAGCCUCAGUCUCUACCUCCCAGGACUCUGUGCUCCCAGCCAAGGUGCCUGCUCCCCUCUCCCUGGGGAGCCCAGGAUUGUGCCCGGGAGAGGCAGAAAGAGCGGGUCCAGAAAUCGUGUCCAGCAUCAGCUUUAAUCUCCGCCAGCCCUUGGACCCUGGAUGGGGGCUCCGAGCCCCCUGGAGCAAGUAUGGGGUGGUAGGUGUGGACCUUGAACAGCCUCCGGGAGACAGCACUGAACCCUCAUUCUUGCUCUGAGUGUCCCAAGGAGGAGCCUGGCGAGUAACUACCUGUCAUCUGGGCCACUGGCUCCACCAGUGAUGAUGGGCCCAGGCUCUCCCAGGUGCCACCCAUCCCUGCUGCUUCUGGGCCAGAUGAGAGGAGAGCCCCAGACGUGCCUACUCUUGGGAGCAUUUUGUCUUCCUGGGAGACAGGGGAAUGUGUCCUCCAGGUCCUGGGGGCCCACUCCUGGGAUGAGGUGUGCCAUGCUGGAAGGGGCCAGAGGAGACCACCCUCUGGAAGUGUGGGCGGGGACGUCUAGCUGGUGUUUAAAUGCCCUCGGGACCCUUGGCCUUCAGCACAGUUUCCAGUGGCUUUGGGGCUCUGUUGCAGAGUCUAGGCUUCUAGGACAUCUGGGGAAGGGUCCACCCUACAAACCGCAAGCCCGGUGGGGAGAGGUGGGGGGCGUGGUUCUGAGUGCGAAGCGACUCCAGCCUUAUUGCAGGCCCUUCCCUCUCUCCAAGGUGGGGGUCCCCUGGCUCCCAGGAAGGGCCACCCAACUAAUAAAAGACUGAACCCUCA